CCUCCCUCCUCCCAGAGAAGCAGAUAAAGGAGCGGCGGUGAGUCGCUCAGUCGCUCAGCCUCGCCAGGAGAACGACGUUCUGCCGACAGAAGCCUCACCUGCUCAGGUUGUUCUGCCGCCAUCUUUCCCAUCAGAGAGAGGACGGUCCGUCAGUCUGCAGCGCCACUUCCUGUCACUUCCUGUCUGCCGCCAUCCAGCAGCAUUCAGAGGAGUAAACCUUAAAAGUUCAGCGGAUCUGACCAUCACAUCCUGCAUCCGUCUUCCUGAACUGGAGCAGCUGAGGAUCUACUACUACUACUACUGUUACUACUUCUACUACUACUACUACUACUACUACUCUACUCUUAACGAAACCGAAAGGUCAGGAUGGUGUCCAUCGGUCAAAACACUGCCAUGAAGAAACAUGGAUAUGGAGUCCAUGAACCUGUGGCAGGCAUAUUUCUGGAGAAGACAGGGGAGAAAUUCACCAUUUAUCAGGCCAUGAAAAAACGUUUGCUUAAACCGGGAACGGCAUUAGCUCUGCUUGAAGCACAAGCAGCCACUGUGGGUGUCAUAGAUCCGACAGGAAACCGUAUACUUCCUGUUGCCGAUGCUGUUAAAGAAGGAGUAGUUGGUCCAGAAAUGAGGGAGAAACUUCUCACUGCAGAGAAAGCCAUCAGUGGGUACAUAGACCCCUACACCAAUCAAAUUAUAUCUGUGUACCAGGCUAUGCAAAAAGAUUUAGUCCCCAGAGAUUAUGGCUUGAGGUUGCUGGAAGCACAGAUUGCCACCAAAGGCAUCUUUGACCCUGUGGAGAAGACCAGCAUCUCAACUGAUGCCGCGAUCCAAAAGGGCCUUUAUGAAAAGACUUUGCUUAGUGACCACAUGUCUGAGCUGAAGGUAUUUUACAAUCCAAGCACACAAGAAUAUCUCAACUACCAAAACCUUCUGGAAACAUGCACUGUGGAGCCAGAAACCGGCUUGUUGCUCCUUCCUGUCUGCAUUACCUUCAAAGGUCUGCGCAAAGGCAUUUCCUCCAGUGAACUACUGGAGUCAAAGAUCAUUGACAAAGAAACAUAUGAAGACUUGCAAAAGGGGAAGACCACAACCCAGGAUGUGAUGUUGAUGGAAACCGUGAAAGAAUACCUGGAAGGCAAAGGCAGCAUAGCAGGCAUUGCUGAUCUCUCAACCAAUCAGAGAAUAAGCAUUUAUCAAGCCAUGAAGCAAGGGAUAGUGAUGCCAGGCACGGCACUGGUUCUGCUGGAAGCACAAGCAGCAACUGGGUUCAUGAUGGAUCCUGUAGGAAACAAAAAAUACACAGUGGAUGAAGCUAUUAAGCACAAACUUGUUGGCCCUGAAUGUCAUUUGAAGCUGCUUUCAGCUGAGCGAGCAGUGACUGGAUACAAAGAUCCUUAUUCAGGAGAGACCAUAUCCCUAUUUCAAGCUAUGUCAAAGGAUCUCAUCAUUAAGGAACAUGGGAUCCGGCUACUGGAGGCACAAAUUGCCACUGGUGGAAUAAUUGAUCCAAUAAACAGCCACAGACUUCCCACUCAAGUGGCCUUUAACAGAGGCUAUUUUGAUGAACAAAUGAAUAAGAUACUGGAAGAUGAAGGAGAUGACACGAAAGGAUUUUUUGACCCAAAUACACAAGACAACCUUACAUACCUUCAGCUGAUUGAAAGGUGUGUCACCGAUCCGGGCACUGGAUUGUGCCUUCUUCCUCUACAUGACAAAUCAGGCAAAUUUAAUUCUAGUUUUAUUGACUACAAAACAAAAACUGUCUUCAAAGCUGAAAAAGUCAAAGUGACAUUUGGGAAGUACAUGGGGAUGACAGUCUCUGUGUGGGAACUACUGAUGUCAGAGUACUUCAAUGAACACCAGAGGCAAGACAUAUUUCAGAAAUACAAGGAAGGGAAGUUAAAUAUCACUACAAUCAUUAAGAUGAUUUUGGAGACCAUAGAAACAUCAGUAAAAGCAACAAAAACCGUCUUUGAGGGCAUACGGGAAACUGUCACAGCCAAGCAGCUUGUUGAAGCAGAAAUCAUCAGUGAGAAAGUGAUGAAGGAGUUGGAAGAUGGAAAAAAGUCAAUAAAGGACGUAAUAGAGGAUGAAAAUGUAAAUGUUUACUUACAGGGAAAAGACAGCAUCGCAGGUAUUCUGCUUCCAGAUUCCCAAGUUAUAACAAUCUACCAAGCCAGACAAAAAGGAAAGCUGAUGCCAGGAACUGCUCUGAUUCUGCUGGAGGCACAAGCAGCUACUGGGUUCAUUAUUGACCCCAUUGGAAACAGGAAGUUUUCAGUAGAUGAUGCUGUCAAAGCUAAAAUUGUGGGACCUGAUGUCUGUCAGAAGCUGCGUUCAGCAGAGAGAGCAGUCACUGGGUAUAAAGAUCCACAUGAUGGAAAAAUAAUCUCUCUGUUCCAAGCUAUGCAAAAAGACCUGAUCCUGAGAGACCAUGGGAUUCGACUUCUGGAGGCACAGAUUGCCACUGGUGGUAUCAUUGAUCCGGUGAACAGCCACCGCAUCCCUGUACAUGUAGCCUAUAAGAGGGGAUACUUCAAUGAGGAGAUGAAUCAGAUUUUGAGAGAUCCAAGUGACGACACCAAAGGUUUCUUUGACCCCAAUACCCAUGAGAACCUGACAUACUUGCAGCUCCUGGCUAGAUGUGUCAAAGAUCCCAGUACUGGCCUGUGCCUCUUACCUCUGAAAAGCAAGAGCACCAAAAUAAAUAUUGAUGACAACAUGAGGGAAAUUUUCCAUAGGACAAUAAUUACUGUCAAGUAUGGCAGAUUCAAGGGAAACACAACUCUGUGGGAAGCAAUUAAUUCAGAAUAUCUGUCUGAAGACAAACGACAGGACCUUUUCAAACUUUUCAGGUCCCGGAAAAUCACUGUUGAGCAACUGACAGUGAUCAUUAUAGAUAUCAUUGAGAGCAAAGAGAUAAAACAGCAGGCAGAGCUGAACUUUGAAGGCCUCAGGGGAGAGGUGUCUGUUGUGGAUCUCUUGGAUCUUGACAUUGUAGAUGAAAAAACAUACAAAAGUAUGAUUGAUGGAAAGCUUUCAAGUACCGAUGUAAUGAAGAUGGACAGCGUAAGAGCCUAUCUCCAAGGGACAAGCUGUGUAGCAGGAUUGAUACUACAACCCUCCAAUCAGAAACUAAGCAUCAAUGAGGCACAGAAAAUGGGCAUCCUCACUCCAGGCACUGCCCUUUGUCUCCUUGAAGCACAGGCGGCCACAGGAUUCAUUGUAGAUCCUCUAAAAAACCAAAAACUUACAGUGGAAGAAGCACUAAGAGAAAAGGUCAUUGGUCCACAAGUGUAUGAAAAGCUGUUGUCUGCAGAGAGAGCUGUCACCGGUUACAAAGACCCAUACACAGGUCAAAAGAUCUCUCUAUUCCAAGCCUUGAAAAAGGAUCUUAUUGUCAAGCAGCAUGGUAUUCGUUUACUCGAGGCCCAAAUUGCUACUGGUGGUAUCAUCGAUCCAUUGAAAUGUCUUCAUUUACCUCUAGAGGUUGCAUACAGGAAAGGUUAUUUUGAUGCAGAACUCAAUCAAAUCUUAACAGACCCCACUGAUGACACAAAGGGCUUCUUCGACCCAAAGACUCAAGAAAAUCUGACAUAUAUGGAAAUGUUGAGCAGAUGUGUGAAAGAUAAAGACACCGGACUCCUUCUCCUGCCACUGAAUGACACACCAAAGACAACAGCAAAAACAGACAAGAUAUACACAGAAGCAGAAAUAAGGCAAGAGUUUGAAAAGACAUUUGUAAGCGUAAGUGUGGGACGGUAUUUGGGAAAAUCUGUUUCUCUCUGGGACUUGAUUCACUCUUGUUACUUCACUGAAGAUCAGCAACUAGAAUUUAUUGAAAAAGUCAAAACAAAGCAGAUGAACACCCAAACAAUAAUCACAUUAGUGAUUUCCACAAUUGAAAAACUGGAAAGGGAAGCCCCCAAAGUGACAAUGGGGCUGAGAAAGGAAGUCUCUGCACAACAGCUCCUGGAUUCUGAUAUUAUUGACUCGGCCACAUUCAUACAGGUUAAGGAAGGAAAGCUAGACUUUGAUGAAGUAAGCAAAAGGGAAAUUGUGACAAGAUAUCUUCGGGGAACUGCAAGCAUUGCUGGAAUCAAAAUUUAUCCAACCCAGGAUGUAAUGAGCAUUUAUGAGGCAAAACAAAAAAAUCUUUUGACUCCCGGCAUUGCACUUGUACUGCUUAAAGCACAGUCUGCAACAGGAUGGGUGAUUGAUCCUGUCAGCAAUAAGUUCUAUUCAGUUGAUGAGGGUACAAAGCAGAAGGUAAUUGGAACAGAUGUCCGUGAGCAACUUCUUUCAGCACAGCGUGCCGUCACUGGCUUUAAGGAUCCUUACACAGACGGCACCAUAUCCCUGUUUGAAGCGAUGACAAAACGACUGAUUGAAAGAAGUGAAGGCCUCCAUCUACUUGAAGCACAGAUAGCAACUGGAGGAAUUAUCGACCCAAAUCAAAGCCACAGAGUACCUGCUCAAGUUGCUAUUAAAAAAGGAUUCCUCGAUGAAGAAACUCACAAAAUUCUGCAAAACCCAAGUGAUGAUGCAAAGGGUUACUUUGACCCAAAUACCAAUGAAAAUUUAUCCUACGUUCAACUGAUGAGUCGAUGUGAAAGAGAUCCCAAAACUGGACUCCUUCUCCUGCCACUGGAUGUUGAUGAGUCCAAGGAGUUUCAUACGGAUGAGCAGGUGGAGCUCGCCUUCAAAAACAAAAGUAUUUCCCUGAAUGUAGGAAAAUUCAAGAACAACAAAAUAACAGUGUGGGAGUUAUUGCUUUCUGAAUACAUCUCAGCAGAAAAGAGAGAGCAGCUGAUAAGACAGUACAAAACAGGAGCUUUGAAAUUAGAGGAAGUCAUUGAAAUCCUGACAGUUAUCAUCACAGAACUCUCAACUAAAGAAAGAAAGUUCAAAGGACUAAGAAAACAGGUCUCAGCUAGUGAAUUGUUAGAGUCAAAAAUUAUCACAAAGGAGAUUUUCAACAAGAUUAUGCAGGGCGAAAUAAGUGAGGAAAAUGUAACAGAAAUUGAGUCCAUUCAGAAGUACCUUGGAGCGACAAACUGCAUAGCGGGUGUCAGAGUGGAAUCAACAAAGACCGUUAUGAGCAUUUAUGAAGCUAAGUGCCGAGGUCUACUGCCUCCUGGUACCUCCCUAAUUCUGCUGGAAGCCCAAGCUGCCACUGGCUUUGUCAUCGACCCAGUAAACAACAAGAAACUUUCAGUAGAGGAAGCUGUUGCUCAAGGAGUAGUUGGGAAAGAAUUGAAGAACAAAUUGCUCUCAGCAGAAAGAGCAGUCACAGGAUACAAAGAUCCCUACACUGGAAACACAAUUUCUUUGUUCCAGGCCCUGAAGAAAGAUCUGAUUGUUAAGGAUCAYGGGAUCCGUCUUCUGGAGGCACAGAUUGCAACAGGAGGAAUAAUAGAUCCAGUCCACAGUCACAGGGUGCCUGUACAGGUGGCAUACCAAAGAGGUUACUUUGACGAAGAGAUGAACCAGAUCUUAUCUGAUYCRGRUGAUGACACCAAGGGUUUCUUUGACCCCAACACCAAGGAGAACCUUACAUACCUCCAGCUGAUCGAAAGGUGUGCCAAAGAUUCACAUACAGACCUAAACCUACUGUCCAUUGUGAAGAAAGGCGAGUUCUAUUUCUUUGUUGAUGAGGCCACAAAGGUAAUCUUAAAGUCUACAACAACAACCAAAGCUGGAGGAAAAUACAAAGGCAUCCCAGUUUCUCUGUGGGAUUUGCUUUACUCCAAAUACGUCACAGAGGAAAAGAGGAGAGAUCUCGUCCAGCAGUUCAAAGCUGGAACACUCACCAUCGAGCACUUCUUGGAAAUCAUCUUGACCAUCAUUCAGCAGAAGACCACAACAACAACAACCACAACCACAACCACAACAACAACCACAGAAACUCCUGAGGAAAAAAUCUUCAAGGGACUCAGAAAAGAUGUCAAYCUGACUGAACUGGUUGAAUCAAAAAUUAUUGAUGAGAAACUCUACAAGAAAAUUGUUGAUGAAGAUGUCACAGUGGCUGAAGUCAGUGAAAUGGAUUCAGUACGUAAAUACCUUGAAGGGACCAACAGCAUUGCAGGAGUGUACAUCCAGUCCACCAAGGAGACUCUGAGCAUCUAUGAAGCCAAAGGCCGAGGUCUACUGACUCCAGGCACCUCUCUGGUUCUGCUGGAAGCCCAAGCCGCCACUGGUUUCAUGAUCGACCCAGUAAAGAACAAGAAACUUUCAGUAGAGGAAGCUGUUGGUCAGAGACUGGUUGGUAAAGAAUGGAAGGACAAACUGAUUUCUGCAGAAAGAGCAGUCACAGGAUACAAAGAUCCCUACACUGGAAACACAAUUUCUUUGUUCCAGGCCCUGAAGAAAGAUCUGAUUGUUAAGGAU